AUGCGCUAUGUAUUCUUGGUAUUGUAUCAUGUAAUUACUAUACUCCCUGAAGCCUGGAGGCCACCCACCUUUAGAACUUCCGGCCGCAGGAUUGUGGAACCACAGUUCAUUACGGCGGCAGGCCCCGCACAACGACCCAGUGCCCAAUGGCAUGCACGUGAUUAUGCUUUACCCCCGCAACCUGCUGCAGCUGCAACGGCUAUUGUCCGAACAGAGGAAGAACUGCAAAUCAAUGCCCAAACGAUCCGCCCCAAGAGCCAUCGUCGUCUUGGCGAAAAGCAACAGGACAGUCACGCAACUCAGCACAGCCCGUGCCUAAACAAGUUGCGGAAAAGAGGGCCGGCCCCCCCUCCCUUACCUAGGAUUGCCAGGAUCCGCUAUGAAUCAAAAGUCAGCCCAAAGCUUAACCGUCUCUGUCCAACUCUGAGCACCCUUCAAGAGAGGCCUUGUUUUUCCAACCUCUCAUCACACGAUGCCAUUUCUCCCGCAAGAAGCCAGCCUCGACACAACACGGCACCGCCCUAG